AUGGGGUUGUAUUUAGCUGCAUAUAAUGGGAUCCAAUUUUUAGGAUGGUUUCUUAUUCUAUGUUUUGCUGUGGUAACCUCAUUGGGUGGGCUUCAAGUUUAUAUGGACCCGAAUUUGAGAAUUUUGGUGCUUGUGUUUCAGAAUUUGAUGGCGAUAGAGGCAAUUUUUACGUAAAAUUGAUUAAUUAAUGCUAUUUUUUAUGUUAAUGGUAAAUAGGCUAUUUUCUAUAAAAAUUGGGACUUGAUGAUAUUUUUUAUUACAUUUUGGAGAUAUAAUUAAUGUAAAAUAGCAUAGAUUUUGCAUUCAGCGCUAAGAAUAUCAUCAUCUCCUUUAUUCCCUACAUUUAUUCAAGUAUUCAGCAGACUUGGAGUUGUUUGGGGAGCUUUGGAAUUGGAGCCUGCUUUCUUAGUUACUACUUUAGAUUUUUUAAGUGUGUUUCCUUUGUUAAGCAAGAUGAUUAUGACAUCAAUAGACACCCUUUUAAUUCCAGUAACUAGAAGUAUCACAAGCCAUCCGCUGUCUAACAAAUGAUUCAGCUAGGCCAGCCAAAAGUCUUCACGGGACGCGUCUCUUAUUGUUGCCUCUCCUGCUUAUUUUGCCUAUGAUCUCCCUUCAGCAACUAGAUAAACCAUAUGCAAAUAAAUCCAAUAAUUGGGGUGGGAUCCUAGCCUAUGUACAAAUACUUUCCCAUAUAGUUGGAUAAAAGCUGCAGGAUCCCAUUGUCAAAAAUUUAUAGGAGAGACUAUAUUCUGAUGAUACCAUUUUAAUAAUUAUGGAACUGGAACCAACAGUAAUUUUUAUUACAGACCAAAUGGACUGCUUCUCUUUUAAUUGCUUGGGGUUGUGCUGAAUCUAUCAGAUAUUCUAACUAUUUCUACGCAUCUCUCGACCUAAAGCAGCCGAAAUUCAUGGUUUGGCUGAGAUAUUCAGGAUUUAUUGUCCUCUACCCUAUUGGUGUAUUUUCUGAACUUAUGUGUUUAUACUCAGCACUUCCAGUUAUCGAAAAAUGCUGCCCAAGAGUGUAUUCAAUCUCUAUGCCGAAUCCAUAUAAUUUUAGCUUUGACUUCUUGAUUUUUGUCAAGUAUUUUGUCCCUCUGUUUUAUGCGGCUGGUUUUCCUUUUCUUUAUGGAUAUAUGCUGACACAAAGAAAGAGAAAAUUAAAAACAGAAUAA